AUGUCCAACAAUUCAUUACGAAAGAAAACAUGGAGUGAAAUCUGUGUGGAGAAAGAUGUAGGAAUAUUACUCAAAAAUAUCGAUUUGAUUCAUGAACAAAGUGCGGUAGAAUUACCAAGUAAAAAGGAAGUCAAGUUGCGGAUGAAAAAUUUGAGGUUGCACUCGUCGGGAGUAUUCAGUAACGUCUACCGUGGCACACUGCUUAGUCCUGGACCACGCAAAGAAAUCGCACUCAAAAAAACUUGGCCAGAUUUCGAAGGGGACUCACAAGUAAAUACAGAACUGAACAUACUGCUUGGUUUGAGCUGCAGAUGGCACAAAAAUAUUAUUCGAGUGUUGUAUACCUUUCGAAGUAUUACUCCAGAUAACAAGAUAUUUCUUCUUUAUCCUUCAUUUUUGAAUUAUAUCUGUGAGACAAUGAUAUUUGAAUAUUUACCGAAAACAAUGUCAAACAUUGUCAAACAAAUUGGUGGUAAAUAUCCUGAUUAUAUCGACAUUAAAUUGUAUUCAUGGCAGUUGUUCAAUGGAUUGAGUUUUUUGUCGAAUAAUCAUAUUUGUCAUCGCGACAUAAAGCCACAAAAUUUGCUUAUUGAACCAAUCAGCGGUGUGCUAAAAAUUGCUGAUUUCGGUUCGGCAAAAUUUAUGAGAAGGAUGACAAAAUCUACUUCAUACCAGGUCACACGAUAUUAUCGUCCGCCAGAACUGUUGCUUAAAGCCACUUACUAUUCACCUCAAGUUGAUGUUUGGUCUGGUGGUUGUGUACUGGGGGAAAUUACUAAAGGCAGCAUAUUAUUUCCCGGCAAGAAUGCAAAAGAUCAGUUUAAAUUAGUAAUGGAUGCUCUCGGAAGUCCGGAUGAAACCGAUCUUAUGGAUAUGAAAGCGGCUAUAUCAAUCGCUGGUGCUCGUAUUGCACCACGUGGUCUCAGAUCCAUUCUACCUUAUGCCUCUGAGGAAAUUAUUAAUAUCCUUCAACGAAUACUUGUUUAUAGUCCCGAAAAGCGCUUGUGCGGUAAAGUAUUCUUGUCGGACCCAUUCUUUCAAGAACUUUUCGUUCCUAAUAAACGCCGAACCAAUGGAACUUUUGUUUCCAAUAUAAUCACUCUGGAUGACUUACAAAAAUUACCGUACGUCUUUUUAAUCUCUAAUUUUGCAAAGAAACUCAUAGCUGCAAUAUUUUGCUAA